AUGUCCACCACAAGCUCCCAAACACCAGACAUCGUGACCGACGUACUGAUCAUCGGCACCGGGCCAAGCGGCGGCUCCCUGGCGGCCUUUCUAGCUCGUUACAAUAUCAACACAACGCUUAUCGACAAAGCACCAUCUACAACAGCAGAUGCGCGGGCUCACGUUACCAACAUGGCCACAGUGGAAUGCUUCCGCGAUAUCGGUCUGGAGAAGGAGAUUCUGAGACUCGGGACGUCCUACGACAACAUGCCAUUUCGUCGGUACUGCCAUACUGUCCACGGCCUCGAAUAUUUCCGGGGCAAAAUCUGCAAUCAAGUCCCGGAGUGGAGGCAUGAGUACGACACCGCCAGCCCGUGCCAGCAUAUCGACCUCCCGCAGAACGACGCCGAGGCCAUUUUCACAAAGUGGGCAACACAGACGGGAUACGUCAAAAUACGGUAUAACACCGAGUACGUGUCAUUCGUGGACCAUGGAACACACGUGCUGGCGAUCUGUCACGACCUUCAGGCCAAUAAACCAGUCUUGAUCCAGGCGCGUUUCUUGUGCGGAGCUGAUGGCGGCAGAUCGAAGCUCAUUUCCCAGAUAGGGGCGACAUUGACAGGACCACGGGAAGAUAUGCAGACCUGUUACAGUGUGGACUUCACAGCAGACUUGACACCCGUGGCGGCCAAGUGUCCCGCUUUCUUCCAUUUCAUUUUCCGCCCAGCUGAAGAGUUCAAUGCCCAUUGCAUGGUUGCAAUCAUACGAACAAUUCGGCCAUGGCACCAUUUUCAGCUCAUUACAAUUCCAGUCCCAGGCACCCCAGUUCUGAAAGAUGUCAAUGCCAUCGACUGGAACGCGCUGAUUGCCGAUAUGCUUGGAGAUCCGGCUCUUCCUAUCGAAGUUGACAGGGCCAGUAAAUGGCGCGUGAACGAGGUCGUUGCUGACUAUUACUCCAAAGGCAAUGUUUUCUGCCUAGGUGACGCAGUCCACCGGCAUCCGCCUGCGAACGGCCUAGGCAGUAACACAAGUAUCCAAGAUUCGUACAAUCUAGCAUGGAAGCUUGCUUAUGUGCUCAAUGGUACCGCCUCCACAAGGCUUCUGGACAGCUACAGCUGCGAGCGUCAACCUGUCGGGAAGCAGGUGGUCACCCGCGCAAAUGAUUCUUUACGAAAUGACAUGAGGUUCUAUGCGGCAAUGGGAAUGACGGAGCCGGACGUCCAGAAACGAAGAGCACUGAUCAAAGCCCUGGGCGAAGACAGCGCCCAGGGCCCAGAACUGCGCACCGAACUCCAGCAGGCAAGCGCUCUUACACAGUACCAGUUCUCGGCCCUGGGCGCUGAGAUGAAUCAGUUCUAUCGUAGCGACGCCAUCUACAGCCAAGACGAAGGUGCGGAUACCCAGGAGCCGGUUUACGCUGAUAUCGAUAUGCGUUACGAGAGGGGAACGCUCCCUGGAAUGCGUUUGCCUCACGCAUGGCUCGCCACCACGGGGCUGGAGACUGUCAUUUCCACGCACGAUCUCGCAGGGAAAGGUCGAUUCACCAUCUUCACCGGGAUCGGCGGCAAAGAAGUUUGGGACAAAGCAGCCGCUGCGACCUUGCAGCAGAUCCCGCAUUUGCCGAUCGCCGUUGUCAGCAUAGGAUGGGGUCAAGAGUACAUAGAUACCGAUAAUACGUGGGGGAAAGUCAGAGGUGUUGACGAGGCCGGGGCCGUGCUCGUUCGGCCUGACAGGUUUGUUUGCUGGAGAAGCCAGAGGCCAAUGAAUCUCGAGGAGGCAGCCGGCAAGCUGAACACGGUUUUGCGAAGGGUUCUAGGGUGGGACUGA